UUUAUAGAAAAUUAUUAAACAAAAAUAUUGGUGUAAUCUUAAAAUAUAACAUGUCAAUAUAAUUUAGUGUCUAUUUCACAGACUAGCUCUAAUAUUAAUUUUAAUUUUAAUGCAGAGGAGGUUAUUUACAUUCGCUGUGUAGUCGAUGAAAACUGAAUUCAACUAUAAAAUUGCCCCUACCUUAAAGUAGGAUGGUUUAAUAGGAGUUUUUUGUUUUGUUUUGGGUUUAAUAGGAGUUUUGAGAAGAAGUACUAGUUUAACUUUUGCCAUUGUGGUAAGAAAUGUCAUUGCUAGAAAAGAGCUUGACAUGAUAAAAUUAGCUAUAAAUGUAACUUGAUUUUUUUCCUUUCUGAUACUGGGAAGGAACAUGAGCUCUGCAGCGUCCAGUAGCAGCCUUUUCAAAGAAGCAAGUUUGGCUGAUUACAAAUAACCAGUUUGCUUAUUUAUCAUGAAUUGUGGAAGACACAAAUGUCAGCUUGUCCAUGCGAUCGUGCCUGGAGCACUCUGGUUUCCAGGUGACAGACACGAUUCACGUUGACUCAUCACUUCUCCCAGCCUGCCCCGCCAGCCGCUCAGCAGUAUUGGAUCUUUAAAGAUAUUUUGAAGAUAAAUGUUUCAGGUGUUUUUGAUAAAGCUGUGGAAUGGAAAGAGGUCCUGUAAUAAGGAGGGAUCCGAACAAGCUCAGAAUGAAAAUGAAUUUCAAGGCACUGAGGCCAUGGUUCUGGAGAGCGUCAUGUUCGCCAUUCUUGCAGAGAGGUCGCUUGGGCCGAAGCUCUAUGGCAUCUUUCCGCAAGGCCGCCUGGAGCAGUUUAUCCCGAGCCGGCGAUUAGAGACUGAAGAAUUAAGUUUGCCAGAUAUUUCUGCGGAAGUAGCUGAGAAAAUGGCCACAUUUCAUGGUAUGAAGAUGCCAUUCAAUAAGGAACCAAAAUGGCUUUUUGGAACAAUGGAAAAGUAUCUAAAUCAAGUGCUGAGAAUUAAAUUUACCGAGGGAGCCAAGGUGAAGCAGCUCCACAGAUUCCUCAGUUACAACCUGCCUUUGGAACUGGAGAACCUGAGAUCAUUGCUUGAAUCCACUCCAUCUCCAGUUGUAUUUUGUCAUAAUGACUGUCAAGAAGGUAACAUCUUAUUGCUGGAAGGGAGAGAGAACUUGGAAAACCAGAAACUGAUGCUCAUCGACUUUGAAUACAGCAGUUAUAAUUACAGGGGAUUCGACAUUGCGAACCAUUUCUGUGAGUGGAUGUAUGAUUAUAACUAUGAGAAGUACCCCUUUUUCAGAGCAAACUUGGGGAAGUUCCCCACCAGGAAGCAGCAGCUCCAUUUUAUUUCCAGUUACUUGGCUGCAUCCCUAAAUGAAAUUGAAAACCUCAGUAAUGAAGAAAAGUUCAUUAUAGAAGAAGAAAUGCUGGUUGAAGUCAAUAGGUUUGCCCUUGCCUCCCAUUUCUUCUGGGCACUGUGGUCCAUCGUGCAGGCCAAGAUUUCAUCCAUCGAAUUUGGCUACAUGGACUAUGCCCAAGCGAGGUUUGAUGCCUAUUUCCACCAGAAGAGGAAGCUGGGGGUGUGACCGCGGGAGGACUUCUUAUACUCCGUCCCUGGACUGCGUGGGGCGGCCGAGCCAUGGAGCCCUCUGCUCCGACUGCUGUUCCUGCGGCAAGAAGCUGGGAUGGCUCGCUGCCGCACACAGAUGUGUAUGAUACAAAAGACUGUAUUAAAAUUGAGUAACAUUUAUUUCAUAUCUUGUUUACGAUUUCACUAGGCCUCUGACAAGCUCGGGCAGCAGAAACACAGUUCAGUAGUGCAAUAGUGCGAUAGCUCAGAUUCCUCUAGUCCAGAGAGGCCCCGCCUGCGCAGACAUGCAGCCAGCCAGCAUGCCACCACGGGCGCUUCUGGUUACUGUUGACUCUUUACAGGACUUUACCCUGCUGGUGAGCACUGUACCGGCUCUCUGUAGGUAACGUGUGUAGACACUGCUCACUCCUGAGGGUGACGAGGGACAGGCAGACCGUGAUGCCGCUCGUGGCCUGCCAGUCGUCUCCAGAAGCUGUUCCUUCACCCUCUGGUCCAAAAGGCUGAAGCUCAAGGAAGCAGAAUGCACACGGCGGGCGCCAGCUGCUGUCUCCGUGCGAUGAAUGUAGCUCCUGGUACCUGUCGUGUGUUCAGUUGUACGGACAGAUCUCUCCCUAAGUGGGUGUAGCCUCUGCCUUGCCCUCCUCACUGAAUGUUGCUUUAUUAACUCUGCCUCGAAGGGCCACGGCGGGCAAGGGCAGCGUGGGGGUAUGCAGGCCCCUGCCUCCCAGCUGCCUCCCGUGGGGACCAGGGGCUUUGUCCCCUCCCUGCCGCCUUUUCUCCUCCAUGACUGCAGCCUGGAGCUGACCGUUCUGUGACAGGGCUGUCUGCCCCAGGGCCCCUCAGGAGCAGAAACCCUGGCUGGGGCUCUCGGUGGCCAACCCUCACUGCUCUGACGCCCCAGUGUCCUUCCGGUGGGACCAGCCUGUGUGUGACAUGUGGGGCGUGGGUAGACUAUAGCUGUGAAAUUUGUAUAUGUUAAAUAUCCUUUGGGAUACAUUUUUUAAACCUGAACUCUUACUGAAUUAUUUCUGUGCAUACAGUUCUGCUACCACAGAGAUUGUACUAUACAAACAAUAAAAAAAUAAAACCCCA